AUGUCUGCAGAAUCAUUAUCGAUAAUCGACAAAGGUAGUUAUAUAGAGAUUUGUGACGAUAAAGAUAUCAAAGAAAGAGAAAAGAAAAAAAUCAAAAAUUUGCUUAUUGGAGCGACUGGAAGUGUUGCCAGUAUCAAAAUACCGCUACUAGUGAAAAGCUUGCUUGAGCUGGACUCUAAUCUCUCAAUAAAAGUAUGCGUCACUACACAUGCAUCACAUUUUUUUGAUCCAAAUACUUUGAAUUUGGAAACUGGAGUACAAGUUUUUACGGAUCAAGAUGAAUGGAAGGAUUGGAAUAAAAUAUCUGACCCAAUAUUGCACAUUGAACUAAGAAACUGGGCAGAUGCAUUUAUCCUAGCACCUCUUGAUGCAAAUACAUUGGCAAAAAUAGCGAAUGGGUUAUGUGAUAACUUAAUUACUUGCGUUCUUCGUGCAUGGGACUUCACUAAACCAGUAAUCGUUUGUCCAGCGAUGAAUACAAACAUGUGGAACCACCCGUUCACCGCAAAACACUUGAAAGUACUUGUUGAGGAGUUGGGUUAUAUUGUUGUUCCGCCGAUUAGUAAGAAAUUGGCAUGUGGAGAUUUAGGUGUAGGAGCAAUGGCGGAAUACGUGACAAUUGUGAAUUACGUGCGAGAGAAUUUAAUUUGA